CUCAGCUUCAGAAUUUUUAUUGCUAAAAUCUUUGGCCUGUGUGUGCAAAACAUUCGGUUAAUUUAAUAAGAAUUCAGUGACUACAGAUGCAGAAGUCUGCAUAUAAGUUCAGAACACAUUAAGGGGUGACAGUUGGAAAAGUGCAAACUGAUGGAUCCAAUUGGCAACUCUUCUGAGUCUUCUUUCUGCAAAGAUGAAAAAUUGGAAGCUGCAGAUCUUCUGGAGGAGUGCUGGUUCUUUGACAACUUGUUAAAGAUAACACCAAAGAUGACAAGGUGUCACUCUGAUCCUUACCCUUCCACUGGCCUGAUCAGCCCCCCGGAUUUUACAGUGAAGGACUCUUGUGUGUGUUCUUACUCUUCAAUAAGGAAACCACCAAACAAUGGUGCUUUUCAUCAUACCAAGAAGAUCCAGAGAGCACCAUCCAUGCCACCAUUGAGAUUGAGAGAAGAAGAAGAAGGUCAAAAAGGAAGCAGUUCUACUAGAAGCAAAUUUGUGCACCAAACACAAGAUCCUGUGGUGUCUCAUUCAGUUAGUAAACCUCGUAGUGCACAGAUGAAAGGACAUGACAGUGAUUGUAGUAGAAGGAAAAGCAAACUUCUAAGAACACCAUCUUUGCCUCCAUCCAUAGGGAGAGAGGAAAAGUUCCAAGUAAAUGAUAGCAGAUCCAACAGGCAAACAUCAACACCUACCCAUAUUGACAUCUUGCCCCCCAGGCAAACCUCUAAGACUUGUAGCAUUCCAAGAUGUAGACCAGCGAGAAAGACUGAGGUUGAAAGCUUCAACACAGAGGGUAUUAUGGAGAUGAAGCGCAGGUACCUGAAUCAGAAAACAAUGAGGAGAAGCCUAAGUGAUCUUGAAUAUGAAGAGGUUCAGGGGUUCAAGGAUUUGGGAUUCUCAUUUGAGAAAGAAACCUUGAGUCCAAGUUUAGCUAACAUACUACCUGGUUUGCAAGAGAAAAAAAGAGAUGAGACAGAAGAAGAUAAGGCUGCAAGGAGACCAUACUUAUCCGAGGCAUGGUUGGUGCAAAGUUGUGCUCCUCCUAUUCCAAACUGGGCUUCUAAUAAGUCUGCAGGUGACAUGAAACAGCAGAUCAAGUUUUGGGCUAGAGCAGUGGCUUCAAACGUACACCAGGAAUGCUGAGAAAAGCCAUUGAUUGCAUUCAAAUCCUGAACCUGAGGAUCAUAAUCAUACUUUACUGAUCAAUUCUUUGUAACAAUUGCCUAAGAAGAACAGAAAAAUAUAAUAAUGGUGAUAAUAGUAACUCUUGGUUUUUGUUCUGCUAUACAAACCAAUUUACAUAAUCAUGUAUGCUCUUUCUAUGAGCAUAUACGCUGAUUAUCCAAAACAAUCUACAGAUUUGUAAUAUAUAAAUCCUGAACAUCGACUUAUGAUUUUCUCAAAUGACAACUAGGUAUAUGCAUUUAACAAUAUAUAAUGUUGUGAAGACGUUGCACAAGAUUUUGAAGAGCA